AUAAAAGCCGACCUUAUAGGUCUUCAGAAAAGUAAAGGAAGAGAAGCAAAAUGGAGUGCCAUAGGAGGCCUAAUAGGAGUGAUGUACAUUUGUCAGUGGAAGAAGAGGCCAAAUUGGAGGAGCAGACCAGGGAUUACUUUGAUCACACAGCACCUAAACGUCACACUAAGCCUCAACGAAGCGACUAUUCUUCCAACUACGUCGACGCUCUUGCCGCCGCUGAUUCCGGUAUCCCUGAAUACCUCGAGUUUCAACGUCUAGAGAAUGAUCCCCAGAAAAUAGUUUACAAUGGAAGUGAAGUGAGAGAAGAAUUUGUGGAGACUGAAUAUUAUAAGGAUCUCAAUUGCGUCGACAAACACCACCACACGACAGGAACAGGUUUCAUAAAGGUAGAGAACGACAAUGGCAGAAACUUUAAUUUGGAACCAGAUUUAGACACCAGCUGCCAUGCCUCUUGUAAGGGAAAUCCAGCAACUAACGACUGGAUUCCAGCUGCUUUGGAUGCGGCUUAUGUUGCUUCAGACAAGCCCAACAGGAGUGAUCAAUGAAUUUGAUGAACCAGCAGUGUUUCUCAAUUGUCUUUCUUUUAUCUCCUGUAAUGUGUUUCUAGAUUACGAGGUUGAAAAUAAUUUAAGAACCAGUAUUCACGGUUAUGUUAUCUUAACUAGAUGAUGUUGAUCAAGUAUUGCUUACAGUAUGUUGUUGACAAUAAAUAUAAAUGAAUGUGUUUUUUAGGUAAAA